UCGUCGGACGCACGUCUCUAACGGAUAUGUUUUUAAAUGUUAUUCGUGUUAAUGUAAAUAAUUUACCGUGACGUGUUACCGUGGAAACUUUUUUUUAGUAACUUUUGUAUUGUGUUUUUAGGUGAUUCUUUUUGUUUAUAAUCCUGGUAUAAGUUGUCGUCUUGAAAUUUAGGUUCCGUACACUCAAUAGGAAACAUCCAAUAACAACUAUACUAUGACUUGACAUACCAGAUCUGAAACAGGCAAAGAUGACGUGUCCAUUUCGUCGUGCGUCAUCCCAACAGCAGUUUGCGAAUGGAUCUAGCAGUAAAAAGCCUGAGCUGCGUUCUCGACAAUCGUCCAUACAUCUUCCUGGGCCAGACGAAGAUGAUGGAGAAAGGAAUACACUCACAUUGAAGCAUCUGAGCGAAGCUUUACAACUGCUAACUGCGCCAUCGAAUGAUUGUCUCCACGCUGCGGUCACAGCAUUAACGAAGAAUCAAGCUGAGCAUUAUGACAACUACAACUGUUUACGAAGAUUGCCCGACGACGUAAAAACAUGGAGAAAUUAUGCGUAUUUAGAAGAAAUAUACGAUGCUGUCCGUGCCACUGACAGUUUGAACACAGAAGAUUUUAUGGCAAAAUUAGGAGAAUACCUAAUUUUAACUGCAUUUUCGCAUAACUGCCGGUUGGAGAGAGCGUUCAAAUGUCUCGGAACGAAUUUAACAGAAUUUUUAACAACACUAGACAGUGUACAUGAUGUUUUACAUGAUCAGGAUGACGUCCUCAAAGAUGAUACAGUGGAAUACGAAGCUGCAUUUGUUUGUACAACAUCGAGAGGCAAAAUCGAGUUGUAUCUGACAACAGAAUGUGAGCCCGUCGCUUAUUUAUUAGUGGGGAGUCUUAAAGCGAUUGCGAGGCGUCUCUACGACACGCAAGCUGACAUAAGACUGAUGAGUUACACGAACGACCCGAGAAGAUUCAAAUAUGAAAUCAAAGCGAUUCCAUUGCAACAAAAACCUACCGGGGAUGACAGUGCGGUGACAGGUGACAGUGCCUGCGUCGCUUCGUCCAGCAAAGUAACAGACUUGAGGAUCGGUGUUGCGAGCUUCUGUAAAGCCUUCCCUUGGCAUUUCGUUACAGACAAACGACUAGAACUUGUGCAAUUAGGUGGCGGUUUCAUGAGAUUAUUUGGCACGUAUUUGGCGACACAUGGCUCCGCGUUGGGGACAUACUUCAGAUUAUUACGUCCCCGCGGCGUGUCGCUGGAUUUUCGUGAAAUUUUAAAAAGAGUCAACACUCCAUUUAUGUUUUGUUUGAAAAUUCCCGGCUCUACAUCACUGGCAGAGGGUCUCGAGAUAAAAGGACAGAUGGUGUUUUGUUCGGAGUCAGAUUCACUACUGUUCGUUGGAUCACCGUUCCUCGACGGCCUCGAAGGUCUCACUGGCAGAGGACUCUUUAUAUCUGACAUACCAUUGCACGAUGCAACCAGAGACGUUAUUUUGGUUGGAGAACAAGCAAGGGCACAAGAUGGCCUAAGAAGAAGAAUGGAUAAAUUGAAGAAUUCAAUCGAGGAAGCAAGUAAAGCGGUGGAUAAAGAACGAGAAAAGAAUGUUAGCUUAUUGCAUUUAAUAUUUCCACCUCAUAUCGCAAAAAGAUUAUGGUUGGGAGAGAAGAUCGAAGCGAAGAGUCACGAUGACGUAACAAUGCUGUUCAGUGAUAUUGUUGGUUUCACAUCUAUUUGCGCGACCGCCACGCCUAUGAUGGUCAUCGCCAUGUUAGAAGACUUGUACAGCGUGUUUGAUGUGUUUUGUGAAGAACUAGAUGUAUACAAGGUGGAAACAAUUGGCGACGCAUAUUGUGUAGCAAGUGGUCUACAUCGUAAGAUAGAGACGCACGCUCCCCAGAUUGCUUGGAUGGCGCUACGUAUGGUUGAAACUUGUGCACAACAUCUUACACAUGAAGGUCAUCCUAUAAAGAUGCGCAUUGGUCUCCAUACUGGAACAGUGCUUGCUGGAGUAGUUGGAAAAACAAUGUUAAAGUACUGCCUCUUUGGACAUAACGUCACUCUAGCUAACAAGUUCGAAUCCGGAUCAGAACCACUCAAGAUUAACGUUAGUCCUACUACAUACAAGUGGCUCAUAAAUUUCCCCGGCUUCGAAAUGGAGCCACGAGAUCGUUCCUGCCUUCCCAACUCGUUCCCCAAGGAUAUCCCGGGUACAUGCUACUUUCUGCAUAGAUACAAGCAUCCGGGGACUGACCCAAGCGCUUCGCAGGUACAACACAUACAGGAUGCUCUAAUCGAUUUCGGAAUCGGACAAGGGAAGUCAGUUCACGUCGAUACAGAAGAACCUACAUAA